AUGCAACUAGGUCUUUCAGAAGCUUUGCCCGCUCUGGUUUCAAGGCGCUUCAUUAGCGCCCGAGAUGCUGGCCAUCUCGUUUUCUCUCAAACCCAUUUAGCUAUCAUCAAUGCCGCGGGAAUCUCAUACCAACUCCGCUAUUGCCCUGCCCUCGCAAAGAAACCGACGAAUCUCAAACCAAACCAUGAGAGCAAAUCGCCGAAGCCCGAUCCCUUUGAGAAUCCCUCCCCAGAUCUUCUGAUCGCCCAAUUCCCGCCUGAGAAGCCCGUCUACAAUCUCAUCCUCAACAAAUUCCCCGUGAUUCCAAAUCACUUCCUUCUUGUGACAAAGGACUGGCAAGCGCAGACAGAUCUGCUUGACAGGGGCGACCUCGAAGCAACAUAUGAGUGCCUCAAAGCUUGGAACACUGGGGAUGGGUCCAAGGGCCUCUUCGCGUUCUUCAACUCUGGCGACGACAGCGGUGCCAGUCAACCCCAUCGCCAUCUUCAAUUCCUCCCCGUGGAAGCUAUGCGCCAACCCGGCUCCGACAGCUGGCACCCCCUGAUCGACCUCCUCCAGCCUACCUCUCCCUCUCCGUCCCCCAAAUUUCAACACCUGUCCGGCCUCCCCUUUGCCCAUUUCGCCCUCCCGCUGCCACAAAACCCCUCCGCCGAUACACUCCACUCCAUCUAUAUGACCCUCUACAAAGCCGCGGCAGCCGCAACCCGUGGCUAUGCACACGACCAAGACCCCGAAGCCCUACCCUCGCAAGGGCCUUCUUCGAUCAGCUACAACCUCGCCAUGACCCGUUCAACCAUGCUGAUCUGUCCGCGCAGGCAGGAGACUGCCCUCAUUCCCAUCGAACCUGCAGCUGCCAGAGACAUCGCAGACCCUGGUGUUCUCUCGUUGAAUGGAACCAUCCUCGCCGCGACGCUGAUGGUCAAGGCCGAAGGCGAAUGGGAUUCUUUGCGCGAGAAUCCAGACAGCUUGACCCAAGUCUUGGCUACUGUUGGCUAUCCCCGUACGGAUGCGCGGGGCCCUUCCCUAUGA